GAAGUCCCUCCUCAACGGCGCCGGCGGCGGGAACGGGAGCGAUGAAAGCACCGGCUGCUGCGCGAGCUGCCGCGCGAGUUUGUGUUUAGGUGUGUUGUCACAGCCUUCCAAUGGAGAUGAAAGCAGUUGUCAGAAGAUAUGAAACAAGAAAUAAGACAGCAGGAACAGAACUGUCAUUCAAGUCCCGAGUUGAUUGGAGACGGACUAAAAGGGAGGUUAUACUGCUUGACAGCAAUGAUGAGUCCUCUUGUACCUCUGAGGAGGAAGUGCCUACCACAUCAGAAGAGGAAGUCGAUGAAAAAGAUGAAACUGUUGUGAAGAGCAGCCUUUCAGAUCAGGAAGAAAAAAGUCAGGGUGGGGAUGUAACAGAAGAUGGUGAGGAUGAGUGCAUCAUGCCUGGGAAGCGUAAAAGACUGAACACCUCUGUCUUGUAUGACAGUGAUGAAAGUGAGGGCAGUGAUAUACUUGUAAGAAAAGUUUUUGCUAAACGCCACUGUAUAAUGGAUGAAGAUGAGAGUUCUGGAGAGCAGCAACCGGAUAAAACCUGCCCUACAGAAAACAUUUCUCCUAAUAGGAAACAGAAAGUGUUUGCAAAAUUGAAAGUGCUUGCAAGACAAAGAGCAACUCAGAGAUCCUUCAGCAGUGAAAAUUAUGAGCUUUCUAGUGAUGAAGGAGAAACAGAAGAGGAAUCACUCUGUCACUACCUCCUCACACCAACAGAAGGUAGUGAAACUGACAGUGACAGCAUGAAAGAUUUUAUAGUAGAGGAAGAGGAAGAUGAUGAUGGUGGUGGCAACACAGAGCACGUAAAGAGUAAAAACCAGCCACAGGAGAAGGAACAAAAUACAUCCAAUAGCGAGCUGCUGGCAUACUACGUCCCACACCUAUCUCGCUGUGAUCAUUAUAUACACUUCCAAAGAAUAAUAAAGGCUUUCCUCAUAAAUGCAAUUGAUGACACUUUUCUGGGCUCACUGUAUGAUGGAACAAGACAAAAGAAGUAUGCACAAGAUAUGUUGCUCUCGCUGCAUUAUUUGGAUGACCGCUUCAUUCAGCCUCGUCUUGAGAACUUAAUCUCUAGAAGUCGCUGGAAGGACCGAUACAAAGAACGUGUGGAUUGUUACCCAGAUGUUCGCAUAGUCUUGAAAAAUCCAGAAAAUAUGCCUUGUCAGGCCUGUGAAUUGAAUCGGUAUUGUAAGUUUAAUGUGAUGCUCUCUGGAAAGCUUUAUAAUAGUAGAACUUUGGAAGCAGAUGACUUCAUGUCAGAUGACAAACAGGUCUUGAAGGUUGGUGUGGUGUGUGCAAAUCGUACAAGAGUUUAUCAUAAUUUGAAGCAUUUCAAAUACAAGGUGUAUGUGGAUUGCAGCUCCUUUACUGAGUUGGAUGGUGAACAGAAGGAACCAGUCAAAGACACAGUCGAACGGCUUUUCAGCCAGUUGGAUGACAAUGGGUGGAUUCGGAAGAGAUAUAAUGAUCUUGAAGACUACAUGAAUGAUGCAGACAGUUUCCAAGAAGAGAAAAUAGAUUAAGUGGUCAUACAGCUCUUUGAAAGACAUCCUGUAAAAAAUUGGAUGGCCUGCAUGCACUUUAUCUCUGUUUGGUCUUUAAGAGUCUUUUUAGGCUCUGUUACAUUUAAAUCCAUAUGCCUUUAAACUACUGUUUGAGAAUGCACUGUAUCUUUUUUUCUCAUCUGUGUCAAUAAUAACCCAAAGUUUUACCGAAUGAGUCCUUCCCAUAUUACUGCAUAGGUCACUUUAAUUUUCCUUCUGUUCUUAAAAGUAACAUCUCAAUAUCUGUUUACCUGUGAAAUAAAACUUCCACCUGCUUAUAUUGGGCUACAUUGUAGGGAUGGUGGGAGAUGCUGAGACCUUUAGAAUUAGGUAUAUUUGCAAAGGUAAGGCUGUGUUCUACAAGAACAUAUGACUUGCAUCUUACCUUCCUUGUUUUAUGCAAGUAAGUCAAAGCAUUUGGAAUGAUAAUUAUGAUAAACAGGACCCAAAUACAAAGAUCUGUUUCCCCUCUGAGGAAUCAGUAUAGACUGUUGCAAGGCAACAGAAGAAAUAUUCAGCAGUCCUGACUACAUUUGCAGCACAGUAGUCAUUCCUCUCUUUAGAGAGUAGGUGAUGAGUCACAUUAUAGGCAUCAUACAGACUGAGUCUGGUUUAGCCAUCUCAGAGAACACUCAGGCCCACAGUGAUAAGCAGCUCAGGCAAGUUGCAGAGAUUUUAAGCAUCAAAUUAUGUUGGGCAGACAUAAUGGCAAAAACUUGCAGUAACUAAAAAAUUAAGAGAGUGGAUUAAUCUGGCUGUGCAAGAUAAGCAAGAAUUCCUCCAGUGUAACUUAACAUGAGGAGCUAUUCAGCGUUGUGAAUCAUGGCUUACCUGAACUGCACAAAGCACAAAUCGAAGUUCUUUGGGGCCAGGAGAGUAGAUUUUUGAGGAGUUAGGAAGGGUUAAGUAUCAUCCAUUCUGAAAAUCUGGAUGUGAGCUGACAAUGUGCACUUAGAGCCCAGAAAGCCAGUUGUAUCCUGGGCUGCAUCAAAAAAAGUGGCUAUCAGUUCAAGGGGGGUGAUUCCUGCCCUUCACUCCCUUGAGACUCCAACUUCUGUAGUAGUGCAUCCAGCUCUGGGGACCCCAGCACAAGAAAGACCUGGAGCUGUUGGAGAGAGUCCAGAGGAGGGCCACAAAGAUGAUCUGAGGGCUGGAGCACCUCUGCUAUGAAGACAGGCUGGAAGAGUGGGGUUUGUUCAGCCUGGAGACAUCUCCAGGAAGACAUUACUGUGGCCUUUCAAUACUUAAAGGGGCUUUAUAAGAUACACUGAAAGAGAAAGAGAUUGAUUUAGAUUGGUCAUAAGGAAGACAAAUUUUUACAAUGAGAGUGGUGAGAUGCUGGAACAGGUUUCCUAGGGAAGUUAUGGAUGUCCUUUUCCUGGAAGUGUGCAAGGUCAGGGUGAGUGGGAUUUUGAGCAACCUCAUCCAGUGGAAGGUGUCCUUGGCCAUGACAAUCUUUAGAAGUCCUGUCCAAUCCAAACCAUUCUAUGAUUCUGUCCCUGUACUUUGUGCUGCAUAUAAAAUUAAUUAGUUGUAGCCUAAGAUAAGAUAGAAGAGACAGGGUUUUGAAUCCAGUUAGGAACUGUUCCUGCAUCCUCUGUAUGCACAUAGUCUUCUAUUAGUCUUGUAGCUGAGCAACUUGGUAAAAGAGAAGCUACUGUUAACACUCUAGAUUCUUUUAGCAAGUUGUUCUCUCAGAAGCAAAACUAAUGAAACUAAUUUCUCAUGGAUUUGUCCAUAAGAACUCCCUACAUUUGUUAUGCCACUCUGCUAGUAACACAUACGCUGAUCAGGUAGGCAGCCACUGCCAGGUGUAUCACUUGAUAGGGGACAUCUCUUUCUCAUAGAUUAGAUUUGUCAUUCAAUUCUCUUUUUUCCAGCAUUCAUUUUAAGAAACUGCUUUUAUAGUUUAAGGGGUUUAUAUGCUAUUAGAGUGAGCUAAGAUAAUCCAUUCUUCAUUAUACCACAUACAGAUACAAGAUUUACAAACAUUUUCAAAGAUGAAAAAUCCCAGCAAGCAGAUUGAGACUUAAUCUCAAAUAAACUUAGGUUGAAGAUGUUAUUUCCAUACCUUAACUAUGAGUUAGAGAUGUAAAUAUUCUGUGAUUUUAUUUAUCUUCUGCCUAUCUCCCUGGUUACCAAAGCUGAAGGAAAUAUUCUCUAUUCUUUUUCCUUAUUCUUCAUUCCUGUUCUUAUGGGAAUAUUGGUGGGAAUGCACCCAUCAACUUUUAAGUUCUUGGGAAUCUGUCGUGAAUAUAUCCCUUUUAAGAAAAGUAAUGCUCCUUGAUGCCCCACUUCUCUAUGUACACUUUUGUUGGCUUCUCUAGAAUAAUAAAAUAACAUUUAUGUUUGAUGUA